AUGGAUGACAUUGUCAACAGAGUCAGGCCUGGUAGUGGAGGAGGUGUUGAUGGUGCUCCACAACUGACUAAGCCUGGAAGUGGAGGUGGUGUUGAUGGUGCUCCACAACUACCCAAGCCUGGUAGUGGAGGUGGUGUUAAUGGUGCUCCACAACUAACCAAGCCUGGCAGUGGAGGUGGUGUUGGUGGUGCUCCACAAAUAACCAAGCCUGGUAGUGGAGGUGGGGUUGAUGGUGUUCCACAACUAACCAAGCCUGGUAGUGGAGGAGGUGUUGAUGGUGCUCCACAACUAACCACGCCUGGUAGUGGAGGUGGUGUUGAUGGUGUUCCACAACUAACCAAGCCUGGUAGGGGAGGUGGUGUUGAUGGUGCUCCACAGCUAACCAAGCCUGGUAGUGGAGGUGGGGUUGAUGGUGUUCCACAACUAACCAAGCCUGGUAGUGGAGGAGGUGUUGAUGGUGCUCCACAACUGACUAAGCCUGGAAGUGGAGGUGGUGUUGGUGGUGCUCCACAGCUAACCAAGCCUGGUAGUGAAGGUGGUGUUGGUGGUGCUCCACAAAUAACCAAGCCUGGUAGUGGAGGUGGCGUUGAUGGUGCUCCACAACUAACCAGGCCUAGUAGUAGAGGUGGUGUUGAUGUUGCUCCACAAUUAACCAAGCCUGGUAGUGGAGGUGGGGUUGAUGGUGUUCCACAACUAACCAAGCCUGGUAGUGCAGGGGGUGUUGAUGGUGCUCCACAACUAACCACGCCUGGUAGUGGAGGUGGUGUUGAUGGCGUUCCACAACUAACCAAGCCUGGUAGGGGAGGUGGUGUUGAUGGUGCUCCACCACUAACCAAGCCUGGUAGUGGAGGUUGUGUUGGUGGUGCUCCACAACUAACACCAAGCCUGGUAGUGGAGGUGGUGGUGAUGGUGCUCCACAACUAA